CACGAGGAGAGGAAGACCGCGGGAGUGAGGUACCGAGCCCAGUGGCCCCCGAGAUCGGCCUGGGCGCCUCUGGUCUCGGACUCCUGGUAUAUGUUGAGGUCCGGAUUCCUUCUGGCCUGCAAGAUGGAGGAAGGCGGGAACCCCGGAAGCCUGACUAAGGUGGUCCAUCUGCUGGUCUUGUCCUGGGCGUGGGGCAUGCAAAUGUGGGUGACCUUCAUCUCAGGCUUCCUGCUUUACCGAGGCCUUCCCCGACAUACCUUUGGUCUUGUGCAGAGCAAACUCUUCCCUUUCUACUUUCACAUCUCCAUGGGCUGUGCCUUCAUCAACUUCUGCAUCUUGGUUCCACAACACACCUGGGCGCAGCUCACAUUUUGGGAGGCCAGCAAGCUCUGCCUGCUGUUCCUGAGCCUCAUGCUUGCCACCAUCAAUGCCUGUUGGCUGGAGCCUCGCACCACAGCUGCCAUGUGGGCCCUGCAGACCAUGGAGAAGAAGCAGGGCCUGGGUGGGGAGGUGCCAGGCCACCACCAGGGCCCUGACCUCUACCGCCAUCUGCGGGAACAGGAUCCCAAGUACAGUGCCCUCCGCCAGAUCUUCUUCCGCUACCAUGGCUUGUCCUCUAUUUGUAAUCUGGGCUGCCUCCUGAGCAAUGGGCUCUGUCUCGCUGGCCUCGCCCUGGGCCUUAGGAGCCUCUAGUACCCACUGCUUCUUUGUCCAUGUUGGGGCCCCAAAUUUCAAUAAACCCUUCUUUGGA